GCCCCACGGGUUGCCGCUGCCCUUCCCCGCGGGAGCCGAGCUGCGCGCCGAGGUGGGGCCCACGGAAGUGCCUGCGCGCCCAGUCGGCUCCUUCCGUUCCGGGCUCGCUUGGCCCCGCGGCCGCGGCCCUGGUUCGCCGCCCUUCCCGCAAUGACCGCUGCGGCCGGGGACGGCGCGGCCAGGCCGCUGCAGCGGGCCAUGAAGCUGGCCAACGCGGCCAUCGAGCUGGACGCCGGCAACCGGCCGCGGGAGGCCUACGCGGAAUACCUGAGGAGCAUCCAGUACAUUUCCCAGGUGCUGCUGGAACAGGUGGACUGCAGCAAAGAUGUUGGGGAACCCAUGGCCCCUGACACAGCAAAGAUGCUGAGGCUGGCAGAGCAGUGCCUAGAACGGGCCCAGUCAACAGCUGCCACACUUGGCAAGAUGCAGCUACGGGCAGCCCCAGCCCCAGCUACUCUUGGCUCCUUCCCUGUCAGCCGGCACCGGCGGGUGUACUCAGACGAAGGUGGGAAGCUCUGUCCCUUCCUGCCACCAGAGAUGUUCCAAAAGCUUCAGGUGGUCGAGUCACAGAGCGCUAAGAAGGAGCUGACCCCUCUGGAGGAGGCCUCUGUGCAGAACCAGAAGCUGAAGGCUGCGUACGAGGCCCGAAUGGCCCGACUGGACCCCAGCCAGGCUAUGCAGAAAACAUCACUGACCCUGUCCUUGCAACGGCAGAUGAUGGAGAACCUGGUGAUCGCUAAGGCCCGGGAAGAGACACUACAGAGGAAGAUGGAGGAACGCAGGCUGCGGCUCCAGGAAGCUGCCAACAGGAGGUUCUGCAGUCAGGCCACUCUGACACCAGAGGAGCGAGAGCUGCGGGCCCUGUACACUGCCAUCCUGGAGUACGAACAGGAACACGACUGGCCUAAGAGCUGGAGAGCCAAGCUCAAACAGAGCCCCGGGGACCUGUCACUGGUUGCCAACUUGGUCUCCCAUCUGCUCAGCGUCCCAGACCACCCCAUCUCACAGCAACUGCGCAGGCUCCAGUGCAACGUGUACCGCUCACUCUACCCUGUGGUUAGCUGCUCCCUGCCUUCUGACUCCCAUGGGCUGCGGACCCCUGCAAGCCGGCGGCUGCGGCCCUCUCAGAGCCUCUACUGUAUGCUGUCCCCCCUGGAGCCCGCCGAUGGGACCCCAGCCAGCGCUCCUGCUGCCCUGCAUCAGCCUGAACCCUUGGACAGCAUGGACAGCAGCCCUUCUGGGGCACCCUCACCCCUCAUGGACAGCUCCUCCCAUCUGCCAGACAAAGACAGCUCCUUCGAGGACCUGGAGCAGCUCCUGGCAGCUUCUGAGCAAUUGGGCAGGUGCUCCAGGGGGCAGUCAGAGCCCCUGAGCUCAGGGGUGUCGAAGGAGCAGCUGAGGAGCAUGGUGAGGGACAUACACAAUGCCAUUGACAGGCUGCUCUCACUCACGCUUCUGGCCUUCGAAGGCCUGAACACAGCGGCUGCCAAGGACUGCUGCCUAGCCUGCAUCGAGGAGCCCUUCUUCUCCCCGCUGUGGCCUCUAGUUCUGGCCCUCUACAGGGCUGUGCACCGUGCCCGGGAGGCCUCACUGAGCCGGAGCCUGGAGCUGUACAGGAAUGCUUCCCCCACCGCUGUAGGCGUCCCUGCCCGCCUCCUGCCCCCAGAGUCUGCAGCCUUGGGCACUGGCACCUACCCCUACUGUUCAGCCACACAGGAGCUGAGACUUCUUGCCCUGGAGACCUGCCCGCAGAGGAAGCUGGCCUGCAUUGUGCGGGCUCUGAGAGGCAUCUGUGCGUCUGCUGAGGAAUACUUCCGGGCCCAUGACACUGUCUCCGUGGCUGGGCCCCUACCUGGUGCCGCCAUCAUAGGUGCCGAUGACCUGCUCCCCAUUCUGUCCUUCGUGGUGCUGAGGAGUGGUCUACCCCAGCUGGUGUCUGAGUGUGCGGCCCUGGAAGAGUUCAUCCAUGAGGGGUACCUGAUUGGAGAGGAGGGUUACUGCCUGACAUCUCUGCAGAGUGCACUCAGCUACGUGGAGCAACUGCCACGGGGAGCCCUGGACAAGUAGGGUGACAGCACAGCCUUGGCUGAGGGCCAGGAUGACUCCUCCAAGACUGAAGCCAAUGGGAGCGGACAUAAGACCUUCCACCCAUAACUCCCAUUCCUGUGACAAUGCUGGGGGACCCUGGACUAGCUCCCAGGAAAUGGCCCAGCUACCCCUGACCUGUCCUUGCAUGAGAAAGAAGAAACUUUGCUACCCCAUCUCACUGAUGUCUCUGCCAGCGCCAGGGGAAGGGCUGUGUCCUUCCCAUUCCUAUCAGGCAUUAAACACCCUGGACUGUGGGCCAGUGCCUACCUUUCAGGGAGGGUCAGAGCCCCCAGGAGUCCCCCCACCCUCUUUUACAUGUGAACAGGCAGUUGCCAGCUGGAGCAGAAAUUAAAGGUUACUGGCAGCUCAUCCCUGGUUGCCAGAACCA